CUGAGCGGGGGAACGCGACCAUUGUCUCCACUGCAGCAGACCCUCAAGUCGACUACCGAUUUAUGGUCUCACUGAUGGAAAACCCUGCGGGCAGCGAAAUGUUGAGACAUUCCGAAACCGUGCCAAAUUAAAGGUAAUUGUAUGGCCAUCGUACCUAGCUAGUUAGUAAUAUACAUUCGGGUCCUCAAAUUUUGCUAGAAGACUAAAGGCUAAGGUUAGCUUGCUAAGAGUGGGUGGAAUGGGGUGAAUAAAGGUUAGCUAGUCGGUUAGCUAGCUAUAAUUAGCUAGCUAGUUAGGGGAAACCACUGGAAUCAGUCUGAAUUAUGGGUUUACAACAGAAAAAUUGUUCUGUAUGUAAUUCAAUGGGUAACCUAUUUGCCUAUAGGUGAUAUUAUUUGCUCCAUAUUUGUUAGCGAGCAGUAGCUGGCUACGUUCUGUACAGAGACUUAUGGCCAUGCAAGCAUCAUGGAUCCAAUCAGUCUCUAGCCUCAUCUUUUUAUUCGAUUGUUAACUAGCUAACUAGAUUGUAAUGUGGGAACAAUUGGCUAAUUGUGUCAUUGGUUAUGAUUGAAUCCUUGUAGUUAAUGCUGACAACCAAACCCUGGGCACACAGGAGCCAUGCUGACGUCUAUCAAGCUGCCUAUUGUGAUCAGAGCCGAAAUCAAUUUGGUUUUGGUGGUAGUGACAGCCCUUGGACUUUUGUCCAGACUGUAUGGAAUUAACUUCCCUAAAGCUGUUGUGUAAGUAGCUCACAUUUACAUUUCACAUGUUUUCAUUUUGCAGACGCUCUUAUCCAGAGCGACUUACAGGAGCAAUUAGGGGUUAAGUGCCUUGCUCAAGGGCACAUCGACAGAUUUUUCACCUAGUCGGCUCGGGGAUUAGAACCAGCGAACUUUCAGUUACUGGCACAAUGCUCUUAACCACUAAGCUACCUGCCGCUACUGUAUAUCCAACCUCUGUUAUAUUCUUCACUCCUGGUUCGGAUCCCACUGACACCCAGGCUUUUGUUCCAACCCAGUGUGAAACACGGAACACACCCAUUUAGCCACUGAUUAGUUGAAUCAAUCUGUGUUAGGCCAAGAACUGUACUGGAACAAAAGUCUGAAAAUCCUAGCCUGAUGGUCCCCUGGACCAGAGUUGAAGGACCCACAUUAAACAACAGUAGCCCAUACUAUACUGGACCGCCCUUGGUAGAUAAGACAAAUAUCGUUUUUUUUAAUAAGACAUGUUUUUAUUUUUAUUUAGCAAGACAGUAGUUUACCCUGACACCCCCAUUGAUGUUUUACAGGUUUGAUGAGGUGUACUAUGGACAGUUUGUAUCUCUCUACACAAAACAGGUCUUCUUUGUUGAUGAGAGUGGACCACCUCUUGGUCACAUGAUUCUAGCAUUUGGAGGUAAGUACUGAACCCUUACAAUACGAUACAAUAUACACUACAUGAUCAAAAGUAUGUGCUCAAACACCUGCUCGUCGAACAUCUUAUUCCAAAAUCAUGGGCAUUAAUAUGAAGUUGGUCCCCCUUUGCUGCUAUAAAAGCCUCCACUCUUCUGGGAAGGCUUUCCACUAGAUGUUGGAACAUUGCUGUGGGGACUUCCAUUCAGCCACAAGCAUUAGUGAGGUAGGGCACUGAUGUUGGGCGAUUAGGACUGGCUCGCAGUCGGCGUUCCAAUUCAAAGGUGUUCAUUUCUGUAUGGACCUCGCUUCGUGCACGGGGGCAUUGUUAUGCUGAAACAGGAAAGGGCCUUUCCCAAACUGUUGCCACAAAGUUGGAAGCACAGAAUUGUCUAGAAUGUCAUUGUUUGCUGUAGCGUUAAGAUUUCCCUUCACUGGAACUAAGGGGCUUAGCCUGAACCAUGAAAAACAACCCCAGACCAUUAUUCCUCCUCCACCAAACUUUACAGUUGGCACUUUGAAUUGGGGCAGGUAGCGUUCUCCUGGCAGUCCCGUGUAGCUCAGUUGGUAGAGCAUGGUGUUGUUGCAUGGCGCCAGGGUUGUGGGUUCGAUUCCCACGGGGGGCCAGUAUGAAAAUGUAUGCACUCACUAAAAAACUGUAAGUCGCUCUGGAUAAGAGCGUCUGCUAAAUGACGUAAAUGUAAUCCGCCAAACCCAGAUUUGUCCAUCGGACUGCCAGAUGGUGAAUCGUGAUUCAUCACUCCAGAGAACGCGUUUCCACUACUCCAGAGUCCAAUGGCGGCGAGCUUUACACCACUCCAGCCGACGCUUGGCAUUGCGCAUGGUGAUCUUAGGCUUGUGUGCGGCUGCUCGGCCAUGGAAACGUAUUUCAUGAAGCUCCCGACGAACAGUUAUUGUGCUGAAGUUGCUUCCAGAGGCAGUUUGGAACUCGGUAGUCAGUGUUGCAACCGAGGACAGACGAUUUUUACACGCUAUGUGCUUCAGCACUCGCCGGUCCCAUUCUGUGAGCUUGUGUGGCCUACCACUUCGUGGCUGAGCCGUUGUUGAUCCUAGACGUUUCCACUUCACAAUAACAGCGCUUACUGUUGACCGGGGCAGCUCUAGCAGGGCAGACAUUUGACGAACUGACUCGUUGGAAAGGUGGCCCAGUGCCACGUUGAAAGUCACUGAGCUCUUCAGUAAGGCCAUUCUACUGCCAAUGCUUGUCUAUGGAGAUUGCAUGGCUGUGUGCUCGGUUUUAUACACGUCAACAAUGGGUGUGGCUGAAAUAGCCGAAUCCACUAUUUUGAAGGGGUGUCCACAUACUUUUGUGUGUGUGUAUAUAUAUGUGUGUAUAUAUAUAUAUAUAUAUAUGUAUGUAUAUAUAUGUAUAUAUAUAUAUAUAUAUAUAUAUGUAUAUAUAUGUAUAUGUGUGUGUGUGUGUACUUUCCAUUUACAUAGAAAUUCAUUUUGUGAUGAACCUUUAAUCCCUUCACUUAGAAUAAUGCUCAUUGUUUCUCUAAUUUAUACAGCUCAUCUUGGUGGAUUUGAUGGUAACUUUAUCUGGAACAGGAUUGGAGCAGGUAGGCAAUCUAAUUACUACAGUGCCAAUGCAUCUUUAGAUCUAAUGCCCAACAUCCGAAUGUAUGUGCUUUUCUCAAGUUGUUUAAUCAAGUUGUUGUUUCUUACAAUUCUUUGCAGAGUACUCCAGUAAUGUGCCUGUAUGGAGUUUAAGACUGAUACCGGCCCUGGCCGGGUCACUGUGUGUACCCCUGUGUUACCUUCUGGUAGUGGAGCUCGGGUACUCACACCUCACAGCACUGGGGGCUGCAUUGCUCUUCCUCAUGGGUAAUGUUGUCCUAUACUUCCUCUUAUACAGUCAAAGUUGUAUUUGGAUUUGCAUAAUCGAUUUUUGACUCCAUUGUUGCUCAUUCUUUUCCAUUUCCAUUGAGUGUAAUAAGAGGAACUGUGUAUUUUCUGUUUUUGUGAAACAGAGAAUUCCUUGAUUGUUCAGUCCCGCUUCAUGCUGCUGGAAUCUGUACUGAUCUUCUUCCUGUUGCUCGCUGUCGUAUCCUACCUCCGGUUUCACAAUGCACAAAGCAGGUGAGUGUCACAAUUCCUCUGUACCUACUAGGAAGGGGUUGUCAUUCCAUGAUCACCAACACAUCUAACACACACCAACACAAACGAUGUUCAAUGGCGAUUAGCAGAAAUGUACCCCACUUCCUUGAUUUUGGUUGAUGUGUAGUGUCCGCUCGGCAUGCUCUCAGCCUGUGUCCGUGCCAGCUGAUGUUUCUCUUCAUCCUUUUUAGCUCACAGGUCAGAUUGGCGUGGCUGGUGCUGACUGGAGUCACAUGUGCCUGUGCUGUGGGGUUAGUUCAAUCAAUCAGCAACAUUUUAAAACUAAUUGGAUGGAAAUGAAUCUAUUGAAAAAUAGAAGUUUAAACAGUUGUUCACAAUCAUCCCAUGGUCAUGUUUGUGAUGACUGAAGGUGUUUUACCUCUUUAGGUCUCACUCAUAAAGGUUUGGGUUUGUUUGCAUGCAUGUCUAAACGGUCUGCUUCUCCCAUUCAUCAGAGUGAAGUACAUGGGUCUAUUCACCUACUUUCUGCUGCUGGGCUUGGCGACCGUGCACACGUGGCAGCUUAUUGGGGACAGAGCACUGAGCAAUGUGAGUUCAUUAGGUUUUUUUGUUUUGUUUGUCUAUGAAUAUAUCUAUUAAUUCAAAUGGACAGCUUGACCUCCCAGAAGCAUCCUGCUAAUGUUUGAAGUGUCUCCCAACCGUGCAGAGUGUGGUGCUGAUGCAGGUAGUGACCCGCUUCCUGGCCCUCGUGGUCCUACCCCUUCUACUCUACCUGGGCUUCUUCUAUGUGCAUUUAACCCUGCUCUACCGCAGUGGCCCACACGACCAGAUGAUGAGCAGUGCCUUCCAGGCCAGCCUAGAGGUCAGUAUUCCUCUCUCUGAGACCCAGUUGAGAUGGCAAUUGUCUAUUGGAUUUAUGAAGUGUUUUUAAAAGACUUUACAUUGGGUAGUGGUGCUGCUCUGCUGCAUGUUAUUUGAGUUUAUAUCCAGUGUGUUUGGCUGUAUUCAGGGAGGAUUGGCCAGGAUCACUCAGGGUCAGCCUCUGGAUGUGGCCUAUGGCUCUCAGGUUACCCUCCGCAGUGUGUCCAGUAAACCCAUCCCCUGCUGGCUACACUCCCAUAAGGCCAACUAUCCCAUCAGGUGAGGGGGGUGUUUCUGGUUAGCAAUUAUUUCUAUUUGGUUACCAUCAGAUCUGGACCAUGCACAUGACACAACACUAGUGUGUAGUGUAUUUGUGUUCUCGCAGCAUGACCAGUUUCUUAUUCUUUGGUGCUCUGAAGGUAUGAAAAUGGGCGUGGUAGCUCUCACCAGCAGCAAGUGACCUGUUAUCCAUUCAAAGAUGUCAACAAUUGGUGGAUAAUCAAAGAUCCAGGAAGGUAUGUGCAGGCCAGCUUUAAUUUGGAUGUCUAUAACACCCCCCCAUUGUGAUGCAGUGUUUAUCCACUAAACCGUGUAGCUCAGUUGGUAGAGCAUGGCGCUUGCAACGCCAGAGUUGUGGGUUCGAUUCCCACGGGGAGCCAGUAUGAGAAAAAAUAAUGUAUGCACUCACUAACUGCAAGUCGCUCUGGAUAAGAGCGUCUGCUAAAAUGACAAUUUUUAAAAAUGUAUAUUGUUUAUCUGAUUCUCUUCCAGACAAGACCUUGUUUUGAGCAGCCCUCCCCGCCCUGUUCGCCAUGGUGAUGUUGUCCAGCUUCUUCACGGCAUGACCUCCCGCCUCCUCAACACGUACUGUAGAGCCACCAUUUUGCUCACUGCCUUUUCCAUCUGCACCCCAGACAACAUGUCUGUUUAUUUAAAGAAGCUACUUUAAUUUAGUAUUUGUAACCAAUAUAUUAGUUGUGUUACUGUGCUUAGCUGCAGCCUAACCUCAUUAUUAAUAUUAUCUAUGGUCUCUCAGGCACGACGUUGCAGCUCCCAUGAGUCCUCACGCACAGGAGGUGUCUGGCUACAUUGACUUCAAUGUGUCAAUGCCAGCCCAGAAUCUCUGGAAAGUGGUGAGACACACACACACACACACACUCCCACCACCUCAUACGUCACCUUUUGUUUUACAUGCAUUUAAUCACAAUAACUUAUACACUCAUUUUAUGCUCAUUAUUUUGUAUUGUGAUAAAUCCACUGUCCUCAAAGGAGUUAUACACUUUAUUAGGUACACCCAUCUACUACCUCGUCGGACCCUCCUUUUCCCUCCAGAACAGCCUGAAUUCUUCAGGGCAUGGAAACGUUGCUCAAUUGGUCAGUGUUGGUGAUGGCGUGCCCACUGGAGCCGCCCAUCCAUGACAAGGAAGGACGAGUUGUGCGUUCCGAGAUGCCUUCUGCACACCACUGUUGGACUGCGCCGUUUGCUUGUUUGUGGCCCGCCUGUUAGCUUGCGCGAUUCUUGCCAUUCUCCUUCGACUUCUCAUAAGCGAGCUGUUUUCGCCCACAGGACUGCCUCUGACAUUCUCGUAAACUCUAGACAAUGUUGUGUGAAAAGCCCAGGAGGCCGGCCGUUUCUGAGAUACUGGAACCGGCGCCAUUGUGUGUGUGUAUAUACAGUACCAGUCAAAAGUUUGGACACACCUACUCAUUCAAGGGUUUUUCUUUAUUUUACUAUUUUUCUGCAUUGUAGAAUAAUUGUGAAGACAUCAAAACUAUGAAAUAACAUAUGGAAUCAUGUAGUAACCAAAAAAGCGUUAAACAAAUCAAAGUAUAUUUUAAAUUUGAGAUUCUUCAAAUAGCCACUCUUGCCUUGAUGACAGCUUUGCACACUCUUGGUAUUCUCUCAACCAGCUUCAUGAGAUAGUCACCUGGAAUGCAUUUCAAUGAAUAGGUAUGCCUUGUUAAUUUGUGGAAUUUCUUUCCUUCUUAAUGUGUUUGAGCCAAUCAGUCGUGUUGUGACAAGGUAGGGGUGUAAACAGAAGAUAGCCCUAUUUGGUAAAAGACCAAGUCCAUAUUAUGGCAAGAACAGCUCAAAUAAGCAAAGAGAAAUGACAGUCCAUCAUUACUUUAAGACAUGAAGCUCAGUCAAUAUGGAACAUUUCCAGAACUUUGAAAGUUUCAAGUGCAGUUGCAAAAAACAUGAAGUGCUAUGAUGAAACUGGCUCUCAUGAGGACCACCACAGGAAUGGAAGACCCAGAGUUACCUCUGCUGCAGAGGAUAAGUUCAGUAGAGUUACCAGCCUCAGAAAUUACAGCCCAAAUAAAUGCUUCACAGAGUUCAAGUAACAGACACAUCUCAACAUCAACUGUUCAGAGGAGACUGUGUGAAUCAGGCCUUCAUGGUCGAAUUGCUGCAAAGAAACCACUACUAAAGGACACCAAUAAGAAGAAGAGACCUGCUUGGGCCAAGAAACACAAGCAAUGGACAUUAGACCGGUGGAAAUUUGUCCUUUUGGUCUGGAGUCCAAAUUGGAGAUUUUUGGUUCCAACCGCUGUGUCUUUGUGAGACGCGUUGUGGGUGAAUGGAUGAUCUCCGCAUGUGUAGUUCCCACCGUAAAGAAUGAAAGAGGAGGUGUUAUGGUGUGGGGGUGCUUUGCUGUUGACACUGUCUGUGAUUUAUUUAGAAUUCUAGGCACACUUAACCAGCAUGGCUACCACAGCAAUCUGCAGAGAUAUGCCAUCCCAUCUGGUUUGGGCUUAGUGGGACUUUCAUUUGUUUUUCAACAGGACAAUGACCCAACACACCUCCAGGCUGUGUAAGGGCUAUUUUACCAAGUAGUAGAGUGAUGGACUGCUGCAUCGGCCUCAUAAUACCCCAACCUCAACCCAAUUGAGAUGGUUUGGGAUGAGUCGGACCGCAGAGUGAAGGAAAAGCAGCCAACAAGUGCUCAGCAUAUGUGGGAACUCCUUCAAGACUGUUGGAAAAGCAUUCCAGGUGAAGCUGGUUGAGAGAAUGCCAAGAGUGUUUCCUCUACACGACGACCGUGACAGAGCAAAGCUGUCAUCAAGGCAAAGGGUGGCUAUUUGAGAAUCUCAAAAAUGAAAUAUAUUUUGAUUUGUUUAACACUUUAUUUGGCUACUACAUGAUUCCAUAUGUGUUAUUUCAUAGUUCUGAUGUCUUCACUAUUCUACAAUGUAAAAAAUUGUUUAAAAAAAAACUUGAGUGUGUGUGUCCAAACUUUUGACUGGUAGUGUGUGUGUGUGUGUGUGUAUAUGUAAUAUAUCUCACACACACUACCGUUCAAAAGUUUGGGGUCACUUAGAAAUGUCCUUGUUUUUGAAAGAAACGCAAUUUCUUUGUCCAUUAAAAUAAUAUCAAAUUGAUCAGAAAUACAGUGUAGACAUUGUUAAUGUUGUAAAUGGCUUUUGUAGCUGGAAACGGCUGAUUUUUAAUGGAAUAUCUACAUAGGCGUACAGAGGCUCAUUAUCAGCAUCAGUCCUGUGUUCCAAUGGCACGUUGUGUUUGCUAAUCCAAGUUUAUCAUUUUAAAAGGCUAAUUGAUCAUUAGAAAAACCUUUUGCAAUUAUGUUAGCACAGCUGAAAAUUUGUGUGCUGAUUAAAGAAGCAAUAAAACUGGCCUUCUUGAGACUAGUUGAGUGUCUGGAGCAUCAGCAAUUGUGGGUUCGAUUACAGGCUCAAAAUGGCCAGAAACAAAUAACUUUCUUCUGAAACUCGUCAGUCUAUUCUUGUUCUGAGAAAUGAAGUCUAUUCCAUGCGAGAAAUUGCCAAUAAACUGAAUAUCUCGUGCAACGCUGUGUACUACUCCCUUCACAGAACAGCGCAAACUGGCUCUAACCAGAAUAGAAAGAGGAGUGGGAGGCCCCGGUGCACAAAUAAGCAAGAGGACAAAUACAUUAGUGUCUAGUUUGAGAAAGACACCUCACAGGUCCUCAACUGGCAGCUUCAUUAAAUAGUACCCGCAAAACAACAGUCUCAACGUCAGCAGUGAAGAGGCGACUCCGGGAUGCUGACCUUCUAGGCAGAGUUGCAAAGAAAAAGCCAUAUCUCAGACUGGCCAAUAAAAAGAAAAGAUUAAGAUGGGCAGUCUGAGAUAUGGCUUAUGAUCAAAAGUAUGUGGACACCUGCUCGUCGAACAUCUCAUUCCAAAAUCAUGGGCAUUAAUAUGGAGUUGGUCCCACUUUGCUGCUAUAAUGGCCUCCACUCUUCUUGGAAGGCUUUCCCCCUAGAAGUUGGAACAUCACUGUGGGGACUUGCUUCCAUUCAGCCACGAGCAUUCAUGAGGUCGGGGACUGAUGUUGGCCGAUAAUGCCUGGCUCGCAGUCGGCGUUCCAAUUCAUUCCAAAGGUGUUCGAUGAGGUCAGGACUGUGCAGGCCAGUCAAGUCUUCCACACCGAUCUCAACAAACCAUUUCUGUAUGGACCUCGCUUUGUGCACGGGGGCAUUGUCAUGCUGAAACAGGAAAGGGCCUUCCCCAAAUUGUUGCCACAAAGUUGGAAGCACAGAAUCAUCUAGAAUGUCAUUGUAUGCUGUAGCGUUAAGAUUUCCCAUCACUGGAACUAAGGUGCCUAGACCGAACCAUAAAAAAUAGCCCCAGACCAUUAUUCCUCGUCCACCCAGAUUUACAGUUGGCACUAUGCAUUGGGGCAGGUAACGUUCUCCUGGCUACCGCCAAACCCAGAUUCGUCCAUCGGACUUCCAGAUGGUGAAUCGGAUUCGUCACGCCACAGAACGCGUUUCUACUGCUCCGGAAUCCAAUGGCGGCGAGCUUUACACCAUUCCAGCCGACGAUUGGCAUUGUGCAUGGUGAUCUUAGGCUUGUGUGCGGCUGCUCGGCCAUGGAAACGUAUUUCAUGAAGCUCCCGACGAACAGUUCUUGUGCUGACAUUGCUUCCAGAGGCAGUUUGGAACUCGGUAGUGAGUGUUGCAACCGAGGACAGACAAUUUUUACACGGUACGUGCGUCAGCACUCGGUGCUCCUGUGAGCUUGUGUUGCCUAUCGCUUUGUGGCUGAGCCGUUGUUGCUCCUAGACGUUUCCGCUUCACAAUAACAGCACUUACAGUUGACUGGGGCAGCUCUAGCUCUCAUCUCUAACAGGGCAGAACGAACUGACUUGUUGGAAAGGUGGCAUCCUAUGACAGUGCCACGUUCAAAGUCACUGAGCUCUUCAGUAAGGCCAUUCUACUGCCAAUGUUUGUCUAUGGAGAUUGCAUGGCUGUGUGCUCGAUGUUAUACACCUGCCAACAACGGUUGUGGCUGAAAUAGCCGAAUCCACUAAUUUUGAAGGGAUGUUCACAUACCUUUGUGUCUGUACACACACACUCAGUGGCCAGUUUAUUAGGUACAACACGCCAUUCACUAAAAUAGGUUGCUCCUACAGACAUUGAGCUGUGGCUUGCUAUAUAAAGCAGGUAUAGAGGCAUUAAGUUACUGUUUGAUUGAACGUUUGAAUGGUUCCAGUAUCUCAGAAACGGCCGGCAUCCUGUACUUUUCACGCACGACAGUGUCUAGGGUUUACCGAGAAUGGUGCUACAAACAAAAAACAUCCGUCAGCGGCAGUCCUGUGGGAAAAAACAGCUUCUUGAUGAGAGGUCGAAGGAGAAUGGCAAGACUCGUGCGAGCUAACAGGCGGGCCACAAUUGGGCAAAUAACGGCGCAGUACAACAGUGGUGUGCAGAACGGCGUCGGUCUUUGUCACGGAUGGGCUAUUGCAGCAGACGUCCACACCAGGUUCCACUCCUAUCAGCUAAAAACAAGAAGAAGUGGCUCCAGUGGGCAUGCGAUCACCAACACUGGACAAUUGAGGAGUGGAAAAACAUUGCCUGGUCCGACACAUCCCGGAUUUGGCAUAAGCAGCAUGAGUCCAUGGCCCCUGUCCUGCCUGGUGUCAACUGUACAGGCUGGUGGUGUAAUGGUAUGGGGAAUGUUUUCCUGGCACACGAUAGGUCCCUUGAUACCAAUUGAGCAAUGCUUCCAUGCCCCAAAGAAUUCAGGCUGUUCUUGAGGCAAAGGGGGGUCCGACCCGGUACUAGAUAAACUGCCCACUGAGUGUGUACAUAUACAGUAUAUUAGACCGCAAGAGAAACAUACUAACGUUGUUCUUAACUCUAUUCUGUAGGACAUUGCGAACAGGGAGGCGGAACAAGAGGUCUGGAAGACUAUUCUGUCUGAAGUACGUUUGAUUCACGUCAACACCUCGGCUGUGCUCAAGGUAUGCUCAGGGAGCCCGGGGGAUAUCUUAAAACUAUUUGUCUUAUCUGUUUUAACAUUGAAGCCCUCUUUCUCAUGUUGUGGCUGUGCAGCUGAGUGGAUCCUCCCUUCCAGAGUGGGGCUACAGACAGUUGGAAGUGGUGGGAGAUAAGAUCUACAAGGGCUACCAGCCCAGCGGGGUGUGGACUGUAGAGGAGCACCGCUACGGCAGGAGUAAGUUGUCCUAACACUAAUCAAGUACAUUCAGUAACACUUUACUUAAAGGGGCUAUACAUAAGGCAUUCAUAAAACCUUUAUGAAACCAGUCAUAACAUCUUUGAGUGUUGCAGUGUCAUUCAUAACAACCUUCAUAACACAUUUAUUCAACUCAUUCAUCAGGCUUCUUAACUGAAUCGCUACACCUUGUGUAAUUGUUACUGUGUUCUGAUGAGAGCAUGGCUUCCUUUUUUUAGGUCAGGAGCAGAAAGAGAGAGAGCUGGAGCUACACUCCCCCACACACAUUGACAUCAACCGCAGCCUCACCUUCAUUGCAAAAUUCCUGGAGCUACAGGUAAGAAUAGGAUAGCGUACCUAUGAGAAUGUGAUUCCUUUCGAUGCUGUUUCAUUGGUGGACUUCACAUGUUCUCUCCUUUUGUGUUGGUCUGACAGUGGAAGAUGCUGACGGUAAAGCAUGAGGAGUCUGAACACAAGUACAGCUCUUCACCUCUAGAAUGGAUCACUAUGAAUACCAACAUUGCAUACUGGCUCCACCCCGCAAGCAAUGUAGGUUUGCUUCAACCUUUGUGUCUGUCAGUCACUCAAGUGUGCUGUGUUUUUUAUAUUCUAAUAUCUCUACUGUACUCCAGCCAAGAUUUGAACAGUUGUGUGUAUUCAUGAAUUCUUACAUUGAAAUGUAAUAGCGCUACCAUGUGUUAGCUUGAUUAGCCUUUACUCUCUGUUGCAGGCCCAGAUCCACCUGAUUGGGAACUUUGUCACUUGGACCCUGGCAAACCUCGCCCUUGCGGUGUACGUUCUUCUUUUCCUAUCGUAUCUAUUAAGGAGGCGACGGAACAUUGAAGACAUUCCAGAAGGUACACCUCUCGUACAUACAAUUAUGUAAACGCUAACAGAAUGUUGACACAUUGCAAAGUGGCAUGUUAAAAACAGUCAUGUAAUGUUUUGACUUUGUUGUCCAGCCACCUGGUGCCAGCUGCUUCAGGCAGGAGUGGUGUGUGCUGGUGGCUGGGCCGUCAACUACCUGCCCUUCUUCAUGAUGGAGAAGACGCUGUUCCUGUAUCACUACCUGCCAGCGCUCACCUUCCAGAUCCUUCUGAUCCCUGUGGUUCUGGAGCACCUGCACACACACAUGCUGCGGUGGGCACCAAUGGCUCGUCUCGGGUUGGGAUUGAAUCCGGUCACACUGUAGCCUUUCUCCUGACAGGUCUUAAUCAUUCCAUUUUUAAAACAUUCUCCCUCUCUCUAGGUGUGCUUCUCACCGGCGUGCUCUUCAUGGAGUUGUAUUGGCGGGGCUGUCCUCAGUAUAUCUGUCCUUCCGGACCUUCAGUCCUCUCACCUAUGGUCAACCAGAGCUGAGCGCUGAGCAGCUGGCCUCGCUGCGCUGGAGGGACAGUUGGGACAUCUUGUUUCGCAGACGUUAAGUCUUAACCAUACACCCCCACUGACUGGGGAGAGGCGACGCUGUACAUUUGCACAGGGCAGGAAGCGCCUAAGGGAACCGUUCUAGGGAAGGCCUUUGUCUUAUUAACAUGUAUAUUUAUUUUGGUAGAAUGGAUUACCUUAAUUUUAUCAGUGAGUGCAUCUACAUGGGAUCAGAGAACUUUGGGUCCAGAAACAGUUUAAAUCUACAGCUAUGGUCAAUGUGAAAACCAUGAAAUGUUUACAAGUAUUUUUCACUAUCAUUUACAGAGGAAAAGGGAAUAUGUUUAUCCAAAAAUGUGUCACUGUGAUGAACCACUUUUUAACAAUUUCUUCAUGUGGAAUUAUGAAGGCUGCAUAACACUUGAAAUAAAAAAACAAUGAAUAACAACAA